CUCCAGCACUCACGAGGGGGAUUUGGUUUUGUUACGGUGCUUCGUUAACCAGCAAUCUGAUGCCACUCGAGUUGUCUUCUGCAAGGAUGGGAUGGAGAAGUACAGCCUGAGAGCUGACUGGGGGCAGCUGAUGUACGUCAUGGAGCUGAAUGUCACCCUGGAGAGUGCGGGGUGGUACACGUGUGGGUACCAGCACAAGGAUGAGAAGAACUGGGUGAGGAGCUCUGCCCUCAGUGUCCCCCGGCAGGUGGCCGUCACAGGCAGCGAGUCCAGCACCCAGCGAGCACCCACAGCUCCCGAUCCCCUGCUCCACCGUGACUUAGGAAUCGGGCUGGGACUGGCGGCUGCCUCCGUCCUCCUCCUGGCUGCCGUCAACUGCUGGUUUUUGAAGCGAGUGGGCUGCGGAGAGAGAUGCCGAAGGCAGGACACAGAGUCCGAAACCUUUUCCCCCUCCUCCCGCCCAGGCAGCGGCGAGUUCCCAGCCACGAGGCUGAAGCAAGCAACGACAAUGAAAUACAGUCCUCUCGUGCAGGCGAUGAACACCACCUCAACCUACGCCACCGUGACCCGCUCCUCUGGCCAGCCCCGGUAACGCCCCGGCACUGGGAAAAAUCCAGAAUGAUGGUGUUUGUCUUCCCACGUAUCCACCACGUGUGAUGGAGCCCGGCGUUCUCGGAGACGCCUGAACGCCCCUCUUGCCCGUGGGCAGUGGUGAAUGAAUUCCUGGGCUUGCUUCGCUUGCUUGUGCAGCUUUUUGUUUCAUUAUUAAACCGCCUUUAUCUCGA